GUGCAGCAAUAGGUGACCAGAGCUGCAAUAGCACUGGCAAGGGUAGUAGCAAAAUAAAAGAAAAAGUCCACACAGAAGUAGUCGCCCGUAGGAAAAGUGCACCAGUAUUGUGAUACCCAACCUUUGCCCACCAUUGAAUAGUGCGAAGGGAGGGAUACUCUCUUCCUGACCCCUGGGGACGUACUAAAUCACCUCGUGCAGGUCCGGUGGUGCCACCGAAACUGCACUCCUUCCUGUGAGCAAUCGUCCAUCGGAACGGCACGGGUCAACUCCCUCCCCCUGCGAUCUGGGAAAGGUUGGGAAGGAAAAAAAGUAAGGAAAAAUGAUAUCGAUUACGAAAACCGUAUGAUAGAUCGCGGAUCGUGGAAAAGCACCAAACUGUCCAAUCUGAACCACGGAAUUGUGUUGUGGUGCCCUGUUCAUCCCACUGUGAGCUGUUUGCUGUGGGGAAAGUGCUUGCCCCUCGUUCCAACGUUUUUGUUUGACCAAGGCAAAUCUUUGUGCCAGCUUCCCGGCCGUGCGAGCAGUGGAUUUUUCUUCCCUGUUGUGACAGGAACAAACCUCCAGAAACGCAGAAGACGGUCAAGUUGCAGGCGGCACCCGCUCCCUCCCGAAUGGACGUGAUCGGACCGGACGGGCGUCCGACGGAAACGGGAACAAGCGGUAAACUUACCAAUGGGAACGCAACGUCCGCGGAGGACUGCAGCACGGUGGCCGCGGUAGCGAGCGGUGCCGGAAGGCGCAAGAAGGCCAAGAGGAAAAAUAAAGCUAAAAAUAGCUCUACCGAGCCGGAGAUGACGGGAGAAGCGAAUGCGACAAUCUCCUCCGCCACGCUAGACACGGCAAGGGCGCAACCAUUGGAGGCGGUGCUAGCGAAGCAGGUGCAACAGCGGAAUGCAGCGGUUGUAAAUAGUAAUUGUAGUAGUCAUAGCAGUAACAACCACAGCAGUAGUCAUAGCAACGGGCUGCCGGCCGAGGAGUCGCCAUCGGCCGUCGAUGCGAUCAGCAAGAAGCUGGAGCAAUGUGUUCAAAUCGGACUUAAUGGCUUAACGAAUGGUUUGCCGAGUGCACGAAGUGAAGAGGCAAAUGGUGGUGUCACGUCCUUGCCGCCCACCCAUAAGGACACUCCGGGAAGGAAAAAGGCUCGCAGUAGGGCUACGAAAAAGGGACACGAUAGCACCACGGGUGAGGGGGGAGACUGUGCUGAGCAUGGCAACGCAAAGACCGUCGACAAGGCAGAAGGCAAAUCUCAACGUCCCACAGCAGCAACUGCCUUACAGGAUGCGGAUAGGGGCCAAGUUCAGCAGCCGGCCGAUGCUGACGUAAUGGUGGCAGUACAGCAAGACACGGCCGAGCCGGAACAAGCUUCCUGCGUUCAAGCUACGGCCAGUUGCGCAGAUCCAUCUACCUCAGCGGAUCCAUUGCCAGCGGUGGACGGGAGCAAGCCCGCCCUGACACCGAUGGAGAUUCGCUACCAGGUGUACGAAUCGGAACGCCAGAUGCCCGCCAUCAUGGCGCUCAUUCAGAAGGAUCUGUCCGAGCCGUACUCGAUCUACACCUACCGCUAUUUCAUACACAACUGGCCAAAGCUGUGCUUUCUGGCGCUGCACCGGGACACUUGCGUCGGUGCGAUCGUCUGCAAGCUGGACAUUCACCGGCAGGAGACGCGCCGCGGCUACAUCGCAAUGCUGGCAGUGGACAAGGACUAUCGGAAGCUAAAAAUCGGCACCACGCUCGUGCAGAAAGCAAUACAGGCUAUGGUGGAGGACCACGCCGAUGAGGUGGUGCUGGAGACGGAAAUCACGAACCAACCGGCACUGCGGUUGUACGAAAAUCUGGGCUUUGUGCGAGACAAGCGGCUGUUUCACUACUACCUUAACGGUGUCGACGCGUUACGACUGAAGCUGUGGUUCAGAUGAGCGCAGCUGUACCCCUACCAAACCUAGAUGUCCUUUUGUUUCGUUUGUAUCGAAGAUAAGACGGAAUGUCGCGAUGCCCCAGGUAACAAAGGCAACAAGUCCUCAAUAAACGCCGGCCAAGAUUAGCGACAGGGACGGGGAAAGGGACCGUUGCCAAUUUUGAAUGUGUGCAAAAAGCUAGUGAAUCAAAAUGGCCAGCAUGCUGAAGCCAGUACGAGCUGUAACGGAUACUCAUACGUUUUGUACUAUGCUAUGCGCUCGCAGUUGCGUGAUAUUUCAAAUGGAAUGGGCAUUAAUAGAUAUCAGCAAAAUGUUUUGCAAACAAAACGUUUCUCCUGCCACCCAUUUUCCUUGCACAACCAAAUACUGAACCUAGACUGGAACAAUAUUUAAUCGGUUUCCCCUGCCCCCCUCCGAGAGGAAUUGAAAUGGUUUAGGUCCUUAUGAAGCGAUCGAAUGUAACACAAGGCAGCAUAGGUCAAUAUUUAUGGGAACAGUUCACUGCGCACGCGGUUGCUCAUUGUUCUUGUGCACAGUUUUGUUUUUAUGUUCCUCUUCACCCGAGCGUAACCAUCAUUAGAAGAGUUUAGAUCAGCUUCAGGGUCCGCUUUCACACUGUAUAACUGCAAGCGGCAGUUUGUUGGUGUAUUUUCUUUUUCCCUUCUGUACUUGUUCUUUUUUUUUUAGACAUCAGGCUUUUCUUUCCAGCGAAACGUAUCAGCACAAAUAAUUUAUUUCCCAUCGUAACGAAAACCGUACGACAGCGGCCCUGGUGCUGCUGCUGCUGCUUCGGCUGCAACCGAACGCACUAAGGCACUGAACAAUGAAAAUUUGUAAAACACUUUUACCAUUUGUUUUGUAAUAUAGUACUGUGUAUAUGUAUGCGUGUGUGUGUGAUUGUAUGGGGGUGCGAGUGUACUAGCCAUUUUUAGUAGGGAUUGUUUUUGCUUCAUGCGUGUAUCGUGUUCUUCCAGUCAGUGCUGAGGGUAUAGCAGCGGUCGCCAGGAGAGACCAGGAGAUUAGCAUAGCACAACACCGACACCUGUGUGCAAGCUUUGUUUGUUUCAUUGAUAAUACCGAUAGGAUGUGUUGCUGCAAAAAAGAAGAAAACAAAACAGUUAACAUGUUAACACGUUGGGUGAGGAAUUUGUGUUUGUUUUUCUCUCGAACUUAAGACAUUUCUUUACUUCCACACAUUGGUUCAGAUUUCAAUUUUCUUUUCGGAUGCAAGCAAGGACAGAGCAUUGUAUGGUUUUGGAAGGAUGUGUAACAAAAUGUAGAGAGCUUGGUAAACUUUCUCCAGUCCACACGACGACCACAGGACGGUCACAGGACGGUCGGUUUGUGUCGUUAGCGAAGCUGUAUAGUAGUUAGAAGGGGAGGUAAAUUAUAAUAAAUAAACAACCACGUGAAUGCGAAACAUGAAUCCGAAACGGUUUACCAUUUUGUAAAAAGUAUAACAAUAAAGUCAGAGAAAUUGA